ACUGAAAGUUUUGUUUACAUGAGCGACAGUUUUGCCUUUUCGGUGAUUAUCUAACGAGUUUUUCCUCACAGUGUUUUGGUGUUUUUUAUUUCUCGUCUUUAUUGAUAAUCUGUUCAUCUUUCCGUUAAAUUUGUUUCUUUCUCCAUCAUGAAUGACGAUUAUGAUGAUGACAAGAACUGGGAUGGAGACAACGAUGCAAUGGAUGCGGAGUCUGAUGCGGGCGAUGAAGGUAUGGAAAAUCCGCAGGAAGUGCUGAAAGAGUGUCUGGAGAAGUUCAGCACGCCAGAUUAUAUAAUGGAGCCCGGGAUUUUUUCGCAAUUGAAAAAAUAUUUUCAGGCUGGAGGUAAUCCGGAGCAAGUCAUAGAAUUGUUGUCUCAAAAUUACAAAGCUGUCGCUCAAAUGGCCAAUUUAGUCGCAGAGUGGCUGAUCCUCGGAGGAGUUAAAGUACACGAUGUGCAAGCCAUGGUGGAAAAUCAUUUAAAAGAUAUGAUUUUGAAGACUUUUGAUCCAAAGAAAGCUGACACUAUUUUCUCAGAAGAAGGAGAGACGCCUGCUUGGUUAACAGAAAUGAUCGAGCACAAAACCUGGCGCUCUUUAAUUUACCGCCUUGCAGAAGAGUAUCCCGACUGUCUGAUGUUAAACUUCACCAUCAAACUAAUAUCUGAUGCUGGUUUUCAAGGUGAGAUCACGAGCAUCUCCACCGCCGCUCAGCAGAUUGAAGUUUUUUCGCGAGUGCUCAAAACAUCCAUUUCCGGAUUUCUCCAAGCAACUGAAGACUGGCAGAGCAGUGUCGAGGAGUGCGCUAAAAUGGUGUGUCAUGGUCAACACACUUUUGUGUACAGUUUAGUCUUACUCCAAGUCCUGUCACAGGAGCCGAAAGGGGGCUUUAAUAUGAAAAGAUUAGCCCAGGAAAUCACGAAGUGCGCCCAAAAUAACCACCAGGAUGUCACACCAAUUAUCAUGGCCCUAAAUGGUGCAGCCUCCUAUGCGCAAGCAUGUUCUGCCCUUUCAUCCAUGUUAUCCAGGAACAGUUUGAACCCAGCAGACAUUCUCAUGCUGUUCCGAAAUUAUUCCGGACAAGACCCACCUCCUGUUGAACUCAUCAGAACUCCUCAGUUCUUAGAAUUACUCGCAGACGCUUUAUUCAAACCUGGCGUUAAACUAAACCAAGAGCAUAAACCGAAGUAUAUUUACUUGCUUGCAUACGCUGCAAGUGUAGUAGAAGUCCCUGCUAGCAAGAAAACUGGUCCACGGAAAAUUAUCAAAGAAGAAUUAAAACCAACCAUGCAAGCAGUUGAGAAAGUUCACAACAUUUGCAACACAAAUAAAAGCUCAUCCGAGUUGAUCGCAGAAAUUAACACCUUGUACCACUGCAUUAGAUACCCAGUUGUCUCUGUCGGAGUUGUUCGGUGGGUUGAGUGUACGGUUACGGAGCCCAGCUACUUCAAACUGUGCACAGAGCAUACGCCAAUACAUUUGGCUCUGUUGGAUGAAGUUGUCAGCUGUCAUUCGCUUCUUCAUCACACAGUUCUGAAACUUUUCAUUCAGUUAUUCGAGUCAAAGCAAGAUGAGCUGGAAAUCCUUGUACAGUUGGAAUUACGAAAAAUGUUGCUUGAUCGAAUGGUUAAUUUAUUAUGUAGAGGAUGUGUUGUACCUGUCGUCAAGUAUAUCAAACAGUGUUGGAAAAGAGGAGACACAGAUAUCUCUCUUAUUCGUUAUUUUGUUACAGAGGUGUUAGAAGCCAUUGCACCUCCAUACACUCCAGAAUUUGUGCAGCUGUUUCUUCCGAUUGUUGAAAAUGAAGAAAUUACCGGUACCAUGCGAGGAGAGGGUGAAAACGAUACCGUUUCAGAGUUCAUUGUGCACUGUAAGCAUCACUUUAUGGUUGUUCAUUGAGCUUAUUCAUUACGAACCCAUUAUGACACUGGAUUCUCCGACAGCUGGUUAAUGGAAAAUUAGUGAGUAUAUUUUGCUAUGUAUUACCAAAUGAACCAUAAUUCUUUAGGAAUUGUGCUGGUGAGAAAAUGACAUUUUGUACCUAGAGAAAGUUUGUAAGAUAAUUCAAAAUACUCCUGGAUUAACUUCAGUGAUGAUUCUUGCACGUUAGCAACAUCGUAUACUCCCCUUUUCAAAAACUCAUCAUAAAUAUUGAUUCCAGGUUAGGUAACUACCUUCUGUUAGAAUCGUUUGUUUCCCAUACAUUUAAAAUGGAGUAAAGCAGUGCUGCCAACUUUCAAAAAUCAUAUCUGAUUAUCUUAAUGUAAUUUGUAACUAAAACUGAAACUUGACUGAGUAGCUUUCGGCGAAGAGACUCAUGUUAUUUCAGAGUUUCUGAACAAGGCUGUGAUUAGACUUUAGAUUAUUCUUGUAGAAUAAUAUUUGUAAACUAAAAAUAAAAUUAUGUUCAGUUAUAGUUUGAA